AAAGAACACAUCCAUCAAAUUUCUAAAUCUGAGCAGAAUAGUGUUAAUUUGGAUUAGAGAAACUUGUGCACCAAGCUACCAAUCACGAAAACUCUUCUUAUUCUUAAUCUUGUGUAGGGUCUUCCACUUUUUUUUAAAAAAAAAUGAUCUACCUUUUCAAAAUUAAUCCUUUUUGCAAACAGAGGAACAAAAGAAAAACUAUGAAUACGAACAAAAAAAUAAAAUUAAUUCCGCUAUGAUAAAAUUAGAAUAAUUAAAAAAUUUCCAAAUUCAUUCCCAACGAAAUUGGAAAUCUUCAGCAAUUAAUGGAUACGCCAAAUCAAACAAAAAAAAUCGAAGCUUUUGGAGAAAGGAAACUCACCUUUAAAGGAGGAGCAAAAAUGGAUCCGAAAAUCCAAGAGGAAUAAGAAGAAGAAGGAGGAGGAGGAUUAUCUCUCGAGCCAAAAAGCUGAGAUGUUAAUGAUGGAGAAGAUGAACCGCUCUCUUUUCUUCCUUCCAUUCUUUCUACUUUUUCAGCUAAACCCACAAUUCCAUGUGUAUUAUAUGUAUAACAUACACGAAUAUAUGGAUAUAUGUAUGUGUGAAUCAAUCUAUGAUGUUAAGAGAGAUUGAAAUUUUUGAGAGACAAGAGGGGAAGCAAAAUGGUGGGUAGUUUUCGUGUAUUUAUACAAAGGAUCCCCACCUAAUUACACCUUCUUUUUUUUUUUUGUUCAAAAAAAAAUAUUUGUUUUUUUCCAAGUAUGAUACCAUUUUUAUGGUAAUCAAAUCCUUUUUUUUUUGGUAAAUCAAAUCUUUUAUACCAAAUAAUUGUUUUCCAUGUUUAUAUAAUUUGUUUAUGUGUAACAUUCAACAUUGUGAGUGUAACUGAUAUAUUUAAUAUAUAUAUAUAUAUAAUGUAUAUAUAUAUUCUAGUUUUAUUCAGAAAAAUACUAAAAUUACAUAUGCUCAUUAUGACAAUAUAACUUCAGCAGUGCCAACAUAAGGAAACUUUGUAUCAUGUAUGGUGACAACAAAAUAAACUUUGAGAAAGUUAGAUAAAUCAAAAGUAUAUUUUGAUUUUUUUGUUUUUAAUUUUCAGAUACUAUUAAUGAUAUAUUUACUUUUCUUGUGUAAUAGUUUGCUUUAUUGUAGUUUCUCUAAAGUAUAUCUUCAUUAUUGUAAAUUGGUUGUUACUUUGUGAGAGAGGUAAGGUAUAUUCCCAUUUCUUUGUGGAAGUGUAAAAAUUCUCUUUCUUAGUACUGUUAAGAGAACAAUUUGAAAAGGAGUGGUAGCUAAUGCUUGCCAUCAAUUUAAAGAAAUAACAUUUUUAUUGUUGAUCCCUUAAAUAUUUAAUGCCAAAAAUUGUUACAUUUCGUCAUUGUGUAAAUAUUUAAUGCCAAAAAUUGUUACAUUACGCCUCGUUUGAUCUGUUAAGAGUUGUGAUUUCAUUUUUGGCCGUAGAAAUAUUACUAUGAUUUUUUUUUUUUGCUUUGGAUCUAAAUUUUUAAUUUUUAAUUUUUAAAAAUCUUUAAAUUUGGGCUAUAAGUAUUUGUGGCUGCGAAGAUCAUCUACACUAAUAGCCAAACACACCCUAACUUAAUAGAACUGAAGAAAUUUGAUUUAUGGGUCAAUUUGUUUUUUUGUAGAACAAUUGUGAAUUGGCUUAAUUUGAAUUGCGGGUAUCCACAACUUAUAAAUUUAAAAAAAAAAUCAUAGAAAGAGUAUAUAAACUUCAAUAAUUAUGUUAUUCUAACUACAUAUAUAAUUAAUAUUAUUUAUGAAAUAAAUAAUUAAAAUAUGAUUAAAAUAAUUAUUUUAGAAAAUGAAAAUUACCCAUAAGUCUUGCAAGUUAUCUACAAUUUUUAAGAGAACUGGUGUGGAUCAACAAUGUGUGGAUUAUGCGGAGUGAGUUAAAUGACGUGGAUUUAACUCGCUUUCCAGCACUACAAAGAACACAACUUCUCGGUUAACUUAUCAAAUUCAAAAAAAAAAACAUAUCAAAUUCGAUGAUUAAUAGAGUUUUUAAUUUCAAAAUUUCUACUUAUAACACCACAAAACAUUUUAUAAAGAUAUGAGGUUAAUGAUUAUAUUUACGUAUCAUAAAAAAAUGGUAAAUUUUUUUGUCUAUUAAUCUGUAUAACUACUAAUAAAUAGUUUUUCUGGGAUUCGAAACAUAAAUUUCCUGGUAUAGAAAUAUUGAUGUAGAAAUGUUAGUUAAAUUUGGUUUCAAAAAAAAAAAAAUGUAAGUGAAAUUUUACUCAAAAAGACUAUUGGCCCGUUGCCCGGAUAAAGAAAAAAAGAAGUAAUUUAGCUACGAAGAUGGGAUAGAAAGAAGAAAAAAGCGUAACCGCUAAUUCAAAAAACCUUCCAGCUGAAAUCGAGUUUAACCGCUCACUUUCCCCUUAACGUUUAAAGCAGCUACCUAUAAAAUGCUCAAACCAAUACGAAAAGAACAAAAUUCUCAACAUUUUCCUGGAAAAAUUACAAAGAACUAUUCUCCUCUGAAUUUGCAUCAGCAUUCCAUUCAUUCAUUCCUCAUCUUAAGAUGGAACAAACAGCGAGAAAGAUACCACGACCUCGGCCUCUUGAGACCUGUGGUGCUACCAUACUCUCCAUGUCUCGCGUCCUUUACACAAGAACCAAGACUCCGACCAAUCCUGCCUCCUUCCUCGUGCAGAAACUCUUCCAACUCCUUCUCUUCUUCGCCUCCAUGACAAGUCCCUUCCGUCGCCACUUUCUCGCAAUCCUCUCCGUAGCCGACGACCACAUCCUCGCAAUCGAGGCUUACUUCCCUUCAACCACCUUCUUCUUCCACAAGACCUCCGGUUUUCUAACCGCAGCAGAGUCUCUGCCUAUAAAACUCGACACGUUUCUUGAGAAGCUUCCAAGAAUGAUGAACAGAGCCGCGUGGGUGGACAUGAUCCUGGUUCAAGCACUUUACUGGGUUGAUUCUCUCGUGAACGUGUUAGGCCAUUGGAGGGAUAAGAACAAGGGGACAAACGAGAAAGAGAUCACGGUGGAUAGCAGUUUUAGCAGAACAGGAUCAAUGUCUGAAGAAGAGAUGAAACUGGAGAAUGAUGGGAAAAGAGUGAGUUACAAGGAGGCGUUACAGAGAGGAAGCAGCGGUGAAGAUGGUGGAGGAAGCACCGGUCGCAGCAGCAGCAACCAGGGAGAUCCUAUCUUGGAUCUGUUUGAGAACGGUUGGAUCCAGAAGCCCAUGAAAAGAAGUAGUCGAAGCGCUGAUUCGCUCACAUGCUCUCGUUCUGAUUCCUACGAGACCACCACCUGAGAGGUCUUUUAACUCUCAUAUACGGUUCCAAAACAACAACACUAACACAAACUAGUAGACUAUGUUGUCCUACUCCCCCACCUCUAUAACUUUUCUGUUCAUCUCUUUGUAAAUUAUUUAAUAACUUAAUAUCAUAUUUUAAGUUACCAUUAA